GUACUACUUCCCCCAGUAGUAUCGCGCCGCUCCGCCCCGGAGUGACGCCCUCCGCCCAUGGGCCUGGCCGAGGGCAACCGGCGGGCGGCGCGGAGGAGGCGGCGGCGGCAGGUAGCGUACAGCAGGGCCGGAGCCGGGCCGGGCUAUGGCCGCCUCGGAGCGGCUCUACGAGUUGUGGCUGCUCUACUACGCGCAGAAGGACCUGGGCUACCUGCAGCAGUGGCUGAAGGCCUUUGUGGGUACCUUCGAGAAGAGCAUCUCGCUAAACUCUCUGGAGCCACGCAGGCCGGAGGAGGCAGGUGCAGAGGUGCCGCUUCUACCGCUGGAUGCACUGCAUGUGCUGACUGAGCAGCUGGCCGAGCGGGACCUGGAGCAAGCCCUACUGUUGCUCAAGCUCUUUGUCGUUCUCUGCAGGAACCCAGAGAAUGUAGAGGCAGGCUGGGGCCGGGUGCUGGUGCCCCAGGUGCUGGCAUUGCUGACCUGGUUGGUGGCCGAGCUGAAAGGACCCCCACCACCACAGGAGGCCCGUGGGUCUCAGCUGGAAAACGCAGCCCUGCAUGCCCUGCUCCUCUUUGAGGGCCUCUUUGACCCCUACCAGACCUGGCGACGCCAGCAGAGCGGGGAAGUCAUCAGCUCCAAGGAGAAGAGCAAAUACAAGUUCCCUCCUGCUGCUUUGCCUUGUGAAUUCAGCACCUUCUUCAGAGAGAGCCUGCAGGAUGCAGAUCGCUUGCCUCCUGUGCUGCUGCUGCGUCUCAUCCACCUCUUUGGUGCUGUCCUUGCAGGAGGGAAGGAGAACGGGCAGAAGGCUGUGAGUGCUGGCUCUGUGCAGGGCUUGCUGGGUGUGGUGCAGGCCUGGGGUCACAGGCCAGCCCAGGACCCCCGCCUAGUGCCGCUGGCGCUGAAGGCACUAGUGGGUGCAGUACAUAUCCUGCAUGCCAGCCGCACACCCCCCCGGGGGCCAGAGCUCCGAGCCCUGCUUGAGGGCUACUUCCGCGUCCUUAAUACCGACUGGCCAGCCGGGCCAAGCCCGGACCCCGAAGAGGCCCUCGUCACCCUGCGGGUCAGCAUGCUUGAUGCCAUUCCCAUGAUGCUGGCAUGCGAGGACCGGCCAGUUCUGCAGGCCACCUUCCUCAGCAACAAUUGCUUUGAACACCUUAUUCGCCUCAUCCAGAACAGCAAGCUAUACCUGCAGGCCCGGGCGCCCCCUGAGGGGGACAGUGACCUGGCUACCCGGUUACUGACCGAGCCCGAUGUCCAGAAGGUACUGGACCAGGACACAGAUGCAAUUGCAGUCCAUGUAGUCAGAGUGCUGACCUGCAUCAUGAGCGGCUCCCCCUCAGCCAAGGAGGUGUUCAAGGAACGCAUUGGCUACCCUCACCUGCACGAAGUUCUACAGAGCCACGGUCCCCCCACCCAUCGGCUGUUGCAAGAGCUACUCAACAUGGCCGUGGAGGGUGACCACAGCACAUGUCCACCGCCACCAAUCCGCAACGAGCAGCCAGUGCUGGUGCUGAUGCGGUGGCUGCCAGCUCUGCCCACAGCUGAGCUGCGGCUCUUCCUAGCACAGCGCCUCUGGUGGCUCUGUGACAGCUGCCCUGCCAGUCGUGCCACAUGUGUGCAGGCUGGUUUGGUGGGCUGUCUGUUGGAGACACUCAGCACAGGAGUAGCCCUGGGGACCCGCUGCCAGGAGCAAUUAUUGGCGCUGCUGCAAGCAUUGGGCCACGUGUCACUAAGGCCCUUGGAGCUGCGUCAGUUGCUUCGCCCCCCACCAGGGCUGGACUCAGGGUCGAGCGUUGCUGAGGCUGAGAAUGCCCGACACGCAGGAGCCAUCAUCCGCGCACUAUCAGGCAUGGCCCGGGACCAGGGCCCGGCCCGAGCCCUACACUACUUUGACCUCACGCCCAGCAUGGCGGGUAUCAUGGUACCCCCUGUGCAGCGAUGGCCAGGCCCUGGCUUCACCUUCCAUGCCUGGCUCUGUCUGCACCCCAUGGCUGCAGCGCCAGUCCCGGCCCCCACCCCUACUCCCACCCGGCCACUCCAGCGAAAGCAGCUGUACAGCUUCUUCACCAGUAGUGGUUCAGGGUUUGAAGCCUUCUUCACAGCGGCCGGGACCCUGGUGGUGGCUGUGUGCACCCGGAAGGAGUACUUGACCAUGAGCUUGCCUGAAGUGUCCUUUUUGGACUCUACCUGGCACUGUGUGGCCAUUGUCCAUGCGCCUGGGCGCCGGCCCUUCAGCCAGAACCUGGUUUAUGUCUACAAAGAUGGCCAUCUGGUCAAGACAGCAACCCUUCGCUGCCCCUCCCUUAAUGAGCCUUUCUCUUCCUGCUGUAUCGGCUCUGCUGGGCACCGCACAACGACCACCACCACGGGGCUGCCUGCGCCAUCAGUCCCUGCUGCCCUGGCUCACACGCACCCCUCCCUCACCCGCUCCCAGUCUGUCCCAGCCACCACAGGGCUUGGCUGGGGAUCUGGGCUGGUGGCCCCCCUGCAGGAGGGCAGCAUCAGCUCUACCCUUGCAGGCACACAGGACACUCGGUGGGGCAGCCCCACAUCCCUGGAGGGCGAGCUAGGGGCUGUGGCCAUCUUCCAUGAAGCCCUGCAGGUGGAAGCCCUGCGGGUCCUCUGUAACCUGGGGCCAAAUGAGACAGCACCCUUCAAGCCUGAGGGUGAGCUGCAUGAGCUUGCCACCAAGCUACUCCUCCAUUAUUCACCUCAGGCCUGUAAGAACAACAUUUGUCUGGACCUGUCCCCUGGCCACGGGCUGGAUGGCCGCCUCACGGGCCACAGAGUGGAGACCUGGGAUGUGAAGGACGUGGUGAAUUGUGUGGGAGGCAUGGGCGCCCUGUUUCCCCUGCUGGAGCAAGUGGCUGCACAGCCCCAAGAGGCCGAGGCAGGUCCGGCAGAAACACAUGACCUUGUGGGGCCUGAACUGACCUCUGGCCACAACUUCCAGGGCCUGCUUCUCCCACUAGGCAAGUCCUCAGCAGUAGAGGAGCGGAUGGAGAGGAAUGCAGUGGCUGCAUUUCUGCUGAUGCUGCGGAACUUCCUGCAGGGCCAUGCUGUGAACCGGGAGAGCCUGGUGCAGUGCCAGGGGCCUGCCAUCAUCGGGGCCCUCCUGCGCAAGGUCCCCAGCUGGGCCAUGGACAUGAAUGUGCUCAUGUCUGCCCAGCUGCUGAUGGAGCAGGUGGCAGCGGAGGGCAGUGGGCCCCUUUUAUACUUGCUGUACCAGCAUUUGCUCUUCAACUUUCACCUUUGGACCUUCAGUGACUUUGCUGUGCGCCUGGGCCACAUCCAGUACGUGUCCAGCAUCGUGCGUGAGCAUAGACAGAAGCUGCGGAAGAAGUAUGGGGUCCAGUUCAUCCUUGAUGCCCUGCGUACCCACUACAGCUUGCAGCGGGAGCGCCCCCUAGCGGCGGAUGACUUGCGUACGGUGCAGACGUCACUCCUCGGCCUGGUGCGGGAAUUCCUGGUGCGGAGCUCUUCCUCUGAUGACCUGCAGGUGGUGCUGAACUUCCUGGCUGCUGGGGUUGAUGAUGGCCAGGUGGUGGGUGUGCUGGAUCUGCUGCUGGCACUGCUACAGAGCCUGCCAGCCCAGGAAUCUUUGGCCAUCUUCCUGCUGGAGCCAGGGAACCUUGAGGUGCUGUUGGCACUGCUGGUGCGGCCAAGGUCCAUACCCUUGCUGCCUGACCGGGUCUGCAAGAUCCUGCGCAGACUGCAGCAGAAUGAGCGCUUACCUGAGCGCAGCCGCCAGCGGCUCCGGCUGCGAGAGUGUGGUCUUCAGGGUCUCAUUGCCUGCCUGCCGGAGGGGGCCGUUUCCCCCCAGCUCUGCCAGGGCCUCUACAAGCUGUUCCUGGGGGCAGAUUGCCUGAACCUCUCAGAUCUCUUGGCUGUGGUGCAGCUGUCCCUCCAGGCUGACCUCAGCGUCCGCCUGGAUGUUUGUCGUCAGCUUUUUCACCUCAUCUAUGGACAGCCAGACAUAGUGCGGUUGCUGGCCCGACAGGCUGGCUGGCAGGAUGUGCUGACCCGGCUGUUUGUCGUGGAAGCUGUCACAGCCGGCAGUCCCCUGCCCUUUUCCCCCGAGCCACCCACCUCCCCGGAGCCAGCCUUACACAAGCCACCCACUGAGUCACCUGAAUCUUCGGACGUCUUCCUACCCUCAGAGGCUCCCUCCCCCGACCCGGACAGCUUUUACCAUGCUCUCUCCCCAUUCUGCACACCCCUUGAGCUGGGCCUGGAACGGUCCAGUGUGAGCUCAGGUAACACUGCUGGCGGUGGCAGCGGCAGCGGAACCCUCACUCCAGCCAGCCAGCCUGGCACACCUUCCCCACUGGAUGGGCCCCGGCCCUUUCCUCCUUCCCGUGGCCGCCACAGCUCCAGUCUCUCCAAUGUGCUGGAGGAUGGCAGCCUGCCAGAGCCCACCAUCAGUGGAGAUGACACGUCUAAUACCAGUAACCCUCAGCAAACCUGUGAAGAGGAGCUUUGCAACUUGCUCACCAACGUACUAUUCUCGGUGACAUGGCGGGGCGUGGAUGGCAGCGAUGAGGCUGCCUGGCGGGAGCGUGGCCAGGUCUUCUCUGUGCUCACCCAGCUGGGGGCCUCAGCCACACUUGUGCGCCCACCAGACUACAUCAAGCGCAGCCUCCUGGAGAUGAUGCUGGAGUCAGCCCUGACUGACAUCAGAGAGGCCCCCCUUGGGGUGCUGGCCAGCCUCACCCAGCAAGCACUUUGGCUGCUGCGCCUGCUGCAGGACUUCUUGUGCGCCGAGGGCCAUGGUAACCAGGAGCUUUGGAGUGAGAAGGUACGACAGCUCAGAGAGCUCUUUGAAGGUGUGUGCAGCCUGCUUGAUCGCCUGGGAGCCUGGCCGCACCUGGCCAAUGGCACAGCAGAUUUCCGAGAGAUGGCACAGAUUGGCCUGCGCCUCGUGCUUGGCUACAUCCUGCUGGAGGACCCACAGCUGCACGCCCAGGCCUAUGUAAAGUUGCAUGCGCUGCUGCAGACCACAGUGCCCAUGCGACGGGAGGAGGCCUGCUAUGUGCUCUCCAAGCUGGAGGCGGCACUGGCACGGGCACUCAGUACCCUACCCUCAGAAAACCCUGCCGGGGUUGGGGAGCCCCCAGCUGCAGCCACUGCUGCAGAGCGGUGCUCAUGGCUGGUGCCGCUGGUGCGCACGCUGCUGGACCGAGCCUACGGGCCACUCGGGCUGCAGUGGGGGCUUCCUUCCCUGCCGCCCACGAAUGGCAGCCCCACCUUCUUUGAGGACUUCCAGGCCUUUUGUGCCACCCCUGAAUGGCGUCACUUCAUUGACAAGCAGGUGCAGCCCACCAUGUCGCAGUUUGAAAUGGACACCUAUGCUAAGAGCCACGACCUUAUGUCAGGCUUCUGGAACGCCUGCUAUGACAUGCUCAUGAGCAGUGGGCAGCGGCGCCAGCGGGAGAGGGCACACAGUCGUCGGGCCUUCCAGGAGCUGGUGCUGGAAUCUGCCCAGCGGCGGGCGCGCUUGGAGGGACUGCGCUACUCGGCGGUGUUGAAGCAGCAGGCAGCACAGCACUCGACCGCCCUGCUGCACUGGGGGGCUCUGUGGCGUCAGCUCUCCAGCCCCUGUGGGCCCUGGGCCCUGAGGGACCCGCCCACCCCCCACUGGAAGCUGUCCAGUGCCGAGACAUAUUCGCGCAUGCGUCUGAAGCUGGUGCCCAACCAUCACUUCAACCCUCACCUGGAAGCCAGUGCCCUACGGGACAACCUGGGUGAGGCCCCCCUGACACCCACCGAGGAGGCCUCACUGCCUCUAGCAGUGACCAAAGAGGCCAAAGUCAGCACCCUACCCGAGGAGCUGCAGGAAGACCAGCUGGGUGAGGAUGAACUGGCUGCGCUAGAGACUGCGUUGAAGGCAGCAGAACUGGACGAGCAGCAUGAGAAGCUGGUGCUGUCAGCUGAAUGCCAACUGGUCACAGUGGUGGCUGUGGUACCAGGCCUGCUAGAGGUCACCACACAGCAUGUGUAUUUCUAUGAUGGCAGUGCCGAGCGUGUUGAAACCGAGGAGGGCAUCGGCCAUGACUUCCGGCGCCCACUGGCCCAGCUGCGUGAGGUCCACCUCCGGCGUUUCAACCUGCGCCGUUCAGCACUUGAGCUCUUCUUCAUUGAUCAGGCCAACUACUUCCUCAACUUCCCAUGCAAGGUGGGCGGGCCUACAGCCUCCUCUCCUUACCAGGGCCCCAGGCCACAGCCUUGCCCCAUCCCACCCCACACCCAGGUUCGGAACCAGGUGUACUCGUGGCUCCUGCGCCUGCGACCCCCUACCCAAGGCUACCUAAGCAGCCGCUCCCCCCAGGAGAUGCUGCGCGCCUCAGGCCUUACCCAGAAAUGGGUACAGCGCGAGAUCUCCAACUUUGAAUACCUGAUGCAACUCAACACCAUCGCGGGGCGGACCUACAAUGACUUGUCUCAGUACCCUGUGGUGAGGUCCUGCCCCCUACCUCCACCCCACCCCACUGGUCUGCCAGCCCUGCUUCACCCAAGUGUGGGCAUGGAUGGUGGGCCAAGCCCUGAACUUGGUCCCAGGCGGGUGCUUCCUGAGACCUGGUUUCUGUUCCCUGCUGUCCCCACACACACCCAGCCCCACUCUCCUCCCCUCCUGGCAUCUGUUUUCCCCGGAGGGACUCCUGACCCAGACAGUCCCUCCGGCUCCCCGGCAACCCCUCCACAUGGUGCACCCUCACCUGUGGGCUCUGCCCUUCUUCCUGAGGGUCAGGGUGGGCAGGUAGACCCUCAGGACUCUCAUGUAGCUCCUACCCGGGUGGGCGGCCAGUUCCCCUGGGUCCUACAGGACUAUGUGUCCCCAACAUUGGACCUCAGCAACCCGGCCGUCUUCCGGGACCUGUCCAAGCCCAUCGGUGUGGUGAACCCCAAGCAUGCCCAGCUUGUGAGGGAGAAGUAUGAGAGCUUCGAGGACCCAGCAGGCACCAUUGACAAGUUCCACUACGGCACCCACUAUUCCAAUGCAGCAGGCGUGAUGCACUACCUCAUUCGCGUGGAACCUUUCACCUCCCUGCAUGUCCAGCUGCAGAGUGGCCGCUUUGACUGCUCUGACCGGCAGUUCCACUCAGUGGCAGCAGCCUGGCAGGCCCGCUUGGAGAGCCCCGCCGAUGUAAAGGAGCUCAUCCCGGAGUUCUUCUACUUCCCUGACUUUCUGGAGAACCAGAACGGCUUUGAUCUGGGCUGCCUCCAGCUGACCAAUGAGAAGGUGGGCGAUGUGGUGCUGCCCCCAUGGGCCAGCUCUCCUGAGGACUUCAUCCAGCAGCACCGCCGGGCUCUGGAGUCAGAGUAUGUGUCCGCCCACCUGCAUGAGUGGAUUGACCUGAUCUUCGGCUACAAGCAGCGGGGGCCAGCUGCGGAAGAGGCCCUCAAUGUCUUCUACUACUGCACUUAUGAGGGGGCCGUGGACCUGGACCAAGUAGCAGAUGAGCGGGAACGGAAGGCUCUGGAGGGCAUUAUCAGCAACUUUGGGCAGACUCCCUGUCAGCUGCUAAAGGAGCCACAUCCAUCUCGGCUUUCAGCUGAGGAAGCAGCCCAGCGCCUUGCACGUGUGGACACUAACUCACCUAGCAUCUUCCAGCACCUGGACCAGCUCAAGGCCUUCUUUGCAGAGGUCAUCAGUGAUGACGUGCCCCUAGUGCUGGCCAUGGUUCCCCACCAGCAGCCUCACUCCUUCAUCACCCAGGGCUCCCCAGACCUGUUGGUGACCGUGAGUGCCAAUGGGAUGCUGGGCACCCACAACUGGUUGCCAUAUGACCGUAACAUAAGCAACUACUUCAGCUUCAGCAAAGACCCAACCAUUGGCAACCCCAAGAUGCAGCGACUGCUGAGUGGCCCAUGGGUACCUGGCAGUGGCGUGAGUGGGCAAGCUCUGGCAGUGGCCCCCGACGGAAGGCUGCUGUUCAGUGGUGGCCAUUGGGAUGGUAGCCUGCGAGUGACUGCACUCCCCCGGGGCAAGCUGUUGAACCAGCUCAGAGGCCACCUAGAUGUAGUAACCUGCCUCGCACUGGACACCUGUGGCAUCUACCUCAUCUCAGGCUCCCGGGACACCACAUGCAUGGUGUGGCGGCUGCUGCAGCAGGGUGGUCUCUCAGUGGGGCUGGCAUCGAAGCCCGUGCAGGUCCUAUAUGGGCAUGAGGCUGCAGUGAGCUGUGUGGCCAUCAGCACUGAACUCGACAUGGCAGUGUCUGGAUCUGAGGAUGGAACUGUGAUCAUCCACACUGUACGCCGCGGCCACUUUGUGGCCACACUGAGGCCCCCAGGAGCUACGUUGCCUGGACCCGUGGCUCACCUGGCACUGGGGUCUGAGGGCCAGAUUGUGGUGCAGAGCUCAGCGCGGGAGCGUCUGGGGGCUCAGGUCACCUACUCCUUGCACCUCUACUCUGUGAAUGGGAGGUUGCGAGCUUCACUGACCUUGGGAGAGCAGCCCACAGCCCUCAAAGUGACGGAGGACUUUGUUCUGCUGGGCACAGCCCAGUGUGCCCUGCACAUUCUCCACCUGAACAAACUGCUGCCGGCCGUGCCUCCCCUGCCCAUGAAGGUGCCCAUCCGCAGUGUGGCUGUGACCAAGGAACGCAGCCAUGUGCUCGUGGGCCUGGAGGACGGCAAGCUUAUCGUGGUGGGCGCAGGGCAGCCCUCUGAGGUGCGUAGCAGCCAGUUCGCGCGGAAGUUGUGGCGUUCCUCCAGGCGCAUCUCCCAGGUGUCCUCCGGGGAGACCGAGUACAACCCUGGAGAGGCCCGUUGACAGCCUGACCUGCCCCACUGCUCAGCCCCGCCCCUAGUGGGCUGCGCCCCCAAGACUCCGUCCGGGAGGGGGAAACUGAGGAGGAGGCGAAUCCCAGCCCGCACUCGGGGGUGGGCAGGGCCCCACCUCCGCCCAGCUCAGGGAUUGGCAGGCGGUGUACUCCAGGAAGCCACGCCCCUCGCUGGCAGAGGGGCUGCCUGGAGUCCCAGUACUGACCAGAGCUGCCGCACAGCACUUUUUGCACAAUCUGGGGCAGGGAACCCAGGCUCCCAAGCCCAAACCCCCAAGCCCCCGUCCCGGCAAAUCAAAGGGGCCGGGCUGUGGCCUUAAUCCUAAGGGUGGCUCCCCCCACCCCACCCCGCCCCGCUCCCGCCCCCGCUCUCCCAUCUCAGCAAUAAACGUGAACUAGUUUUGUAGCUGUUCCGCCUCUGAGCAUGCAUGUGCACGCGCAGCCUGCCCUGGCCACCGUCUGGGGCUCACAUGCUCCUGGUCUGAGCACCCACGGUGGCUCGUUCCUUCCCCAUCCGCGCUGCCUGUCCUUGAGGACCCCGCCUGCUGUUUUCUCUGGUUUGAUCUCAUUCCAGCUGCGGACUCUGCGCAUGUGCGCGUUCCUGGAGAGGGCGGGGCAAAACCGCGGGCAGCCCCACCCCCUCAGUGCCCAGCCCCUUUCAGGUCCCAGCCUUCCUGCGAUCUGCGCCUCCGCUCUAGUCUCGGGCGGGUCCCAACCUGGCCUUCCCAGGGACUCUACUCCAUCUUGGCCGGCCCAAGGCCUGGAGGCCCCAUCCCGCCAAGGCUCAACGGAUCUUGGGACUAGCGAAGGCGGCCGCCACAGGUCAGGAGUGGGUUAGGGACAGAGCACUGUGUUUUCCUGGACUGAGGAAGCAAAGGGCUCUCUCUGUUCCCCACUUCCAGACCCGGGAUCCUGUGCCGUCGUCGUGCUAGCAUCUGGGUUGGGAUGCAUGCGGGUAGCCAGGGUAGUGUGGGCAUGCAGAGUGUAGCUCUGGGACAUGUGUACAUAUUUUUUGAGCGUCGAGAUGAAUGUGUGUCGGGGUGGGUGGUAGAGGCUCCAAUCCCACAUACGGGGGUGGGUCAGGCACAAGGCUUGGCUGUCCUUACAAGCGCUAGUCACAGGCUCACCUGCGAGCCAGGAUCCAGGGAAGGCCUCUUAUGUGGUAAGUGACACAAAUGUAUAUACAUCCUUCAUGUGGUAAGGGUCACUGCAGCCUCUGCGCCAGACACACUUGCCAACUGUGCAUGUGCAUUUAGCAUAAACAUGGGCCCCUGGCCUUGUCCAGGGAAGUGAGUUUGGAGUGCCUGGAUUGGACCAGGCCAGAUGGGGAGUGGUGGAUGUUGGGGAGUUGGAGGGUCUUUCCCUGGUCUCAUCCCCAUCCUUUUUCCAAGCAAGAUGCCCUCCUCAGCCCAUACAGGGUCUCUCUUCCCUAGGCCUCAGCAGGUUGUAGGUCCCAGAUGGAUCAGCCCUGUGAGUACAGAUGGGUCCUGGGAUUGAGUGCUUUUCGGGUAUUUGGUUUCCAAGCCCUCCAAACUCCCAGAUGAGAAGGACCAAGGUGUCUCCAGGUCCACAUACCCUCUGCCCUUGCUGAACCCACAUAGGAACCGUCCCAUCCAGCCUCUGAACAGGAGGUGAGGACUGGACACUGACCACUCCAGGGGCUAUGCUUGUGCUGAGAACUCCAGGGAGCCCUCCCACCAGCUGCUAAGUCUCUACCUGGCUGUCUUAGAUGGGGAAAGGAGUCUCCCUGGUCCUCCUAUGCCAACCCUGGACUGAGUCCAGGGGUUUGCCAAGGUCUUUGAGACAGGGUGGUUUUCAAUGUGCUCUUCUCCACCCUGAGCUGCCCCCUGACCUUCUCCAGCUUAGGCCAGCUGAGGCAAGCAAUAUCAUCUCCACUCCACUUGAUGUUGGAGAAAACUGGUCAAGAUUGGCGAAUGGGAAGAUGGGGGAUGGGAUACCCAGCCAUGGAGUGAAUCAGAAUCAAGUGAGCCAGGAAAGGGGAACAGGCUACCCCAAGGGAUUUCUGACUUCAGGCCUGAGGAAUUCUACUAAUGUCCCUAUACACAGCCUCUUCUGGACUCACAGAAGUCUCCCAUCUCCUUUGCCUGGGCACUGUCCAUGACACUCCAACCCCUUCUCUAAGAGAUGCAGCCCCUCGGAGCACUGCUGGCUGGUAGAACCAUGCCUCACAACUCCAGCCACAGGGAAGACAUGGGCCAUGUGGAUAAGCCCCAGAAGGAGCAGGAUGGGAACAGGGGAGGGGCAUGGUUAGGGGCAGGGGGAGCCCUGGCCCCCAGUACCUCCUCCCCAUUCCCCCCUGAGCCUCCAGGGGCUUCAGGCAGCAUCAUCCCUGUC